GAAGGCGUGUUGGUGUUAAUGUGUUUUAGUUAGUGAAAUCAAAACACUUUUUCCCCCUAGGGGUGCAUCUGUGUAGGAUAUAGUCUCCAGCUGUUUUGUUAUGUGUUAUGUGUAGCUAACACUUUGUCUUUUGUUUAUUGGGAUGGUUACUAAGUAACAAAGAUGUGAUGCAAAACCAGUACAAAAAUAAUUAGAAUAAUUUCACAAAAAGACAAUUAGUAUCAAAAAUUUAUUUUCCUUUUGGUAAUCGUGAAAAACAAACAAACAAGAUGUCAUGUUUGUUUGUUAUGGUUGGCUUAUUCACUCUCACUUCUGCUGACAUUUUUUCUUGCACUAAACCAACUCCGGUGACACCAGCGCCCCCAAUGCCAUCGAUUUUUCAGACAGACUCUUACCAAGCCACAGUGGAGAUUAACAUUUUAGAUAAAAAUUAUUCCAUGGUGACACAGGAAUACCUGGACUACCAAAACAAUAUAGGGGCCAUAAUCGCUUUUCAAAAUGGAGUCAAAACACAAGUUAUCUACUCUUAUAGGUCUGGUGAAAUAUUUGAAAUCAAUUUUGACGGGCUAAGUACUUGCACCGUGAAGAACAUGUCAACGAGUCCUUAUGUUUCCUACUUGGGGCCAAUGUUUAACAACAUCAAUGGCGACAUUCGACACAUUUUCGGCAGCUCGGCGGCUUUGAAUUUCGCCAGCAACAGUUCUUACGUCUUCAACGGGACAGGUACAGUACGUGGACUGCCAGUCAACAUCUGGACGACAUGCUUGACCUAUCCAAACACCAAAGCUCCCAUUCAAGUGACUUUCUACUUCAGUCAACCUGGAUGGAACACGUCAUGGUCACAGCAGCAGAUGCCGUUACGUGUUGAAAUCAAAGGUAUGGCACAGUCCAGUACGUUUGGCAGUCUUACGACACAGGCCACGCCCAGAUAUUUUCACCAUAUGUAUGACUUCAUCAACUAUUUACCGACAGUUGACCCCACGUCUUCAGUAUUUAAACCUCCACGAAGAGUAGCUUGUCUAAAUAGAAUCAACACACACCCACUUCCGAAAAUUCAGACAACCUUCAAGUAUAAAGCUGAGAUUGUUAAUCCAUCCACAGCUGAUGUCACUCAUUACCAGGUCUGGUACAAUGCUCAAGCUAAACUAGUCAGAGAAGACACGAGGUCGAAAACUCCUGACCCUAAAGUAGGUGUUACCACAACAGUUACAGAGAUUCAUGACUUUAGCACAGACGUUCGUUACAUCAUCGAUCCACAAGGAGGCUGUUCCGCCUUCCCAAUGGAUAGCAAGCAAUCAGACGUAAACUAUACGGACAACCAAUCAGCGAUCACUAUCACGAUGAAAGACCCAAACAGUUUCUUUCAGUUCAAUGAGAACUAUAAAUACGUUGGACAGAGACUUGCAAGGGGCAUAACUUGUGAUGUCUUCAGCACAGUCAUUCCGAACUUCAACGCUGGAGGUAACAUUGUCAAUGCCACUUUUGAAUAUUACUUCCUUCCGCAAGAUUGGAACGACAUCUCAUUGGUCGGUCUUGAAGCAGACGACUUGGGCUACCCAGUUCAACUUGUCAUAUCUGCUGAUAUUGUGGAUUACAUUCGAAUCUACAAUUUUUUUGACUUUGGCGAGUACUUCGUCCAGGCGGAUGCGUUCGAUGCCACAAAAUGCACUCAACCAGAUGCAAAAAUGAAAAUUCAAAUUACAUUUCCAGGAAGCUACAACCCAGCCGCCAUGGACCAAUGGAAACAGCAACUGUACUUCCAAUUAGCUGAAACAAUGCAGAUCAACCCUUUGAGAAUCGGUAGUCUCAGCAUUGAGGCAGACGCUUACUCUAUAUAUGCCAGUGCUUGGAUUCUAGGAACUGCCUAUUAUGCUCAAUUUCAACAAAUUGAUCAACCCUCAAAAGAACAUGUGGACGACAAAGUCAUUUAUAUGGUGAAUGCGCCUUUAGACUGUGCUGGACUUUGUAUAGAGAAUAUCGAUUUUCAAUGCAAUGCCUAUGAAUAUUGCCUCUAUGACAAAUAUGCCUGCAGGCUACUUGAGAACCACAUGCCCACCGUAAAUAACACUGUACUGGCCAACGCAACGGACUGUGUUUUAAACACACGUCCAAUUGUUGGUCCAGCGGUGAAAGAAACUCCAGUAGCCGUGGCCUACCUCAAUCUUGUCGAAGCUGUACAAGCUAAACAAGUUUUUGUGAGCCUUCCAGAUGCUAACGGAAACACCAACAUGUACACAGCAAUCAAUGUUGAUGUAAUAACAGGGCAGCCUGUACCUGGGAAAACAUUACCCAAUCUGCCGAAUCAAUUUUCUUACAGAAUAGAGACUGUCAAGCCACAGCAAGGAAGAGUUUCUGAAACCUUUGUCUGGUACGAUGGAAACCUGGACAUUGUUCGGUAUGACAGCAGAGAUCCUUAUGGCGAUAAUCAAUACAUGAUGACAUAUAUUCAAGAUUUUACGAGAGGUCUUUCCUAUCAGAUCAACCAAGUCACAGGAAGCUGUAAGAUCAACGCCCUUGGACCUGGAGCCUUUGAUGUGGUCAAUAGUAAACCAUCGCCAGACGGAAAUCUUGUAGUGUCCUUAAAGUCUCCACAGAGCUUGUUCUACCUGUCUGAUUCAUACAGAUUUGUUGGACAGAAAACAGUCCGAGGAAUUUUAUGUGACAUAUUUGAAUCAAGCCGAGGUGACUUCAGUGUUCCCGCCUUACAGACAUCCCAGAGCAGCAUUUUCAAAUAUUAUUUCCAGACUAGCGAAUGGGACUAUGUCUCCCCUGAUGGUACAGAUAUAACACACAGUAAACCAGUCAUGCUUGAGGUGGAAGACACGACGACUGGAUUUUACUUUGCUGUCAACUUCUACGAUUUCAAUGACCAGGGUCAUUCAGUCAACUAUUUUGACACUUCAGCUUGUUACGACAAUGACCAAAAAAAUGAUUUUCUGGUUAUUUUUAAAGGACAACCUUAUCAUCCUUAUUUGGACCAAGCCUACAACAGUUUCAUCAACUCUGCCGCGCAGCUCAUGGCUUCAUGGACACAGUUAUCUCCCAUGCAGUUUCAGCAACUAAGACUGACUUAUGACGAUAACAAUGAUGUAUAUCUGUUUGUUACUUCCCUUGGAAAUGUUCCUCCUAUCGACUUGUUCACGCCUACACUGCAAGUGGGCCUGAACAGUUCAGCGAACUACAUCCAAGUGGACGAUGAGGAAGACUGCGCUGCAGCUUGUGUCUCUACCAACAGCUUCAUCUGCAAUAGCUUCGACUACUGCGGCGGCAGCUGCCUGCUUGGACAAAAACACAGCGAAAGUGAAGGCGACCCCACGGCUACACCGGAGAACAACCCGUGUACACAUUAUACAAGAACAGAAGAUGGAUCACUUGCGACCUUAGAUGUGGCCAUGAUAUACAGCAAACUAACAGACUACGUCUACGACAAUUUGUUUCAGAUUACCAUCACACUACCAGAUAAUACAAACAAGACCUAUAUAGCUACUGAUAUCAGAGACGAUCUGGAAAUUCCCAAUGAUCCGAGUGAUACUUCAGGCUCGUUAUUAAGAAACUAUGUGGUCACUCCAAAUAGCAAAUUUCUGGACAGUGUUAUAAAUACAACAUACGAAAUGGUCAGCAUUACAGACUGUGCUCUCUCAUGUAGUCAGGAGAACACGUUCACAUGUGAGUCCUUUGACUACAGUUUCACUACUGGACUCUGUCGGCUGACAUCCUUACAUCCGGAUGAAAUUAUUCCACCAAUGCCAGCGAUUAUAAACUCAUCGAUAUACACGAACGUUUAUUCUAAGUUUUACACCAUGGACUAUACUCUAAACUCUGCCGAAGUCUUUACCACAAAAGCAGACAAGAGACUCCCCAAUGUCAACAGUAAUGAGAUGUGUGCCCGUGCCUGCACCACCAACCCAGACUUCAGAUGUGAGUCGUUCGAGAUCUGUGACGACGGUUUCUGCAACUUAAGAAAGACUCACAUGAUUCAAGCCAAACCUUCAGACUUGACUAAUGCCACGAGCUGCACGCAUUACUCACGCAACCAUCUUUAUGACUAUGUCGAGAGAGAUUACAAGACUCUCAAUUCAUUUGGAGACUCGUCAAGCUCCUCACAUUCAGUUCCUGUAGAGAGUGCCCAGGAAUGCGCCAACCUCUGCUCAGUAGGAGAACUCUUGCCGUCCUGCGCCAGCUUUGUGACCUGUGGUAUAGACAGAGGCAGCAUCGAGUGUACAGUCACAACAGCUGAUCCUACAGUGUCCACGGAUAUAGGGAUAAUAAGUGAUGAACAUUGUAACCUCUACACACAUGUAAACCCUCUGCCUAUUAUUAAUCCACUUAAUCCUGCAACAGCUCGCCCCUACACAAGUACUACAGCAUUGCCCGCUAAUCCAGCGCAGCCAUUUUCUGCGAAUCAAGACGCCAAUGGCAAAGAUUGUCCUUCCAAAAUGAAAGGCAGCAAUAACACAAGUGUCCGGGUCGGACUAGGUUUCGGUACUUUGUUUCUGGGACUUCUUGUUGGAGGACUAGCGACAUUCCUUUUUAUGAAAUUCAAAUAUACAAGAAACAAUCCAGAAGAUUCUCAAAUGCUGACACCAUGGGAAAAUUAACUGUUUGUGUGUUCGAAGCAGUUGACUUGUUUUAAUUGUAGGAAGUAAAGCCUAAUUCUAAUUAGAAACACCAUCAGGAAAAGAAGUUUCGUAUGAAAAAUGUAUUUUAAUAGAAAAAAAAGUGAACCAAAGCUUUAAAUGACGUUAAUCGUUUAAUUAUUGAAUAAUAAAUUACAAUUUCAAAUAACAAUUUCACUUUUUUUUAGUAUGGACAAUUAAAACUUGGAGUAACUAAAAAUAUUUAUAUAUUUCUAUUGUGUAAAUAAUAAUAGGAGUUCGUUUCAUUAUCCGUAUAAGGCCAAAUUGUUAAAAAUAUUAUGAUUGGAAAUGUGAACUUUAUUUUAGUCUGACUCACUGAUGAAAGAGCUUUGUCCUGGCUUGUUUUUAAAUUUUCGUUUAUAUUUUGAAUGUUCAUUCGAGAUUGCUUGCUAGAUGUGUGUGUAUUUGGUAUGCCAGAAACAUUGCUUGUAUCAUUAGCGUUACUUUAGAAUCGUAGAGCUCGUCAGUUUGAAGCUAAUACAUUAUUACAUUGCUUAACUCAGUUGUGUGCAAUAAUAUAAAUAUUCACAAGUUAUUAAAAUAUUAUCAGACCAAUCUGAA